UAGUAAAAAAAAAAAGUAUUUAAAGCGUGAUAUUGGAAACUAUUGUGUCACUAGUGAGUUCCAACACAAGUUCCAUCUAAGCAAUCAAUAUUAAACAAUCAGAAAAAUGAUUUCAGUGCAAGUAUGGUUUGUGUUAUCAUUAUCAACGAUGGUUAUAUUGAAUCAGGCAGCAGUAUUGAAAUACAAGGACCAAUUUAACAACGAAUUUAAUAAUACAAAAAAUCCUUUAAUAAAUGAUCUUCCGUCAACAAAAACAGAUACACAAAUAACUAUGUCGACAUCUAUUCCAACCACAACCUUCUCAAAGGAUAUUUCAAAAAUUACAGAAAUCAAUCAACCGACCACGUUGGAACCAAAAUCUUCUACCAGCAUUUCACAAGCCUCUUCGGUGACUUCUCCAAAAUCAACAGAUACUCCAUUAACUACACCAACAUCAGUUCCAACCACAACAGAUUCAAAAGAUGUUUCUAAAAUUACAGAAAUCACUCAACCGACCCCAUUGGAACCAAAAUAUACUACAAUAACUUUACCUCAAUCUCCAUCUACCACAAUAGAUUCUAAAUAUACUACCGGCAUUACACAAGAUUCUUCGGUGACUACUCCAAAAUCAACAGGUAUUCCAUUAACUACACCAACAUCAGUUCCAACCACAACAGAUUCAAAAGAUGUUUCUAAAAUUACAGAAAUCACUCAACCGACCCCAUUGGAACCAAAAUAUACUACAAUAACUUUACCUCAAUCUCCAUCUACCACAAUAGAUUCUAAAUAUACUACCAGCAUUACACAAGAUUCUUCGGUGACUACUCCAAAAUCAACAGAUAUUCCAUUAACUACACCAACAUCAGUUCCAACCACAACAGAUUCAAAAGAUGUUUCUAAAGUUACAGAAAUCACUCAACCGACCCCAUUGGAACCAAAAUAUACUACAAUAACUUUACCUCAAUCUUCAUCUACCACAAUAGAUUCUAAAUAUACUACCAGCAUUACACAAGAUUCUUCGGUGACUACUCCAAAAUCAACAAAUAUUCCAUUAACUACACCAACAUCAGUUCCAACAACAACCGAUUCAAAGGAUGUUUCCAAAAUUACAGAAAUCAAUCAACCGACCACAUUGGAACCAAAAUCUUCUACCAGCAUUUCACAAGCCUCUUCGGUGACUACUCCAAAAUCAACAGAUAUUCCAUUAACUACACCAACAUCAGUUCCAACCACAACCGAUUCAAAGAAUGUUUCUAAAGUUAAAGAAAUCACUCAACCAACCACGUUGGAACCAAAAUUUACUACAACAACUUCACCUAAAUAG